CGCGGCACAGCACCUGCGCACAGCCAGUCCGAACGUAGCCGCCGGCGCGCGCGUUCCAAAUUUGAAAUUCGAGCGAUUUAAACUUCGAACGCGAUUUGAUUUUUAAACGUUGCACUUUCGAAUUGCAGUUUGUGUUUUGGUGUUAGUGUGUGUAUGUGAUUGUGGAGUUUUUUUACAUUAAUAACCAGCGGCAAUGCGACAGUGACCCAAAAUGGCGUUAAGGACUAAACUAGUGAUCUUAGUGUUAACCUCAUUAAUAACAAACAACCUUUGUGACAAUGACGUCUUAAAACUCUCCAUCGACGACAGUGAUCUACUAAGAGGCAGCGGCGAAGAGAAAGAAAAUCUAGAAAAAGAGAUAGAAAUAGAAGAUAAAUCUGAAUUAGAAGAGUAUACUACUACAGAAUACGCGACAACAGACGCGUCGUAUAUAGUUACUUUUAAUGAUUUAAGAAUGGAUACGACGGUGGAAAGUACGACCGAGGACAAUGGUGUAGUCAGGACGGCCGUACCGGAGGAUAUUUAUAAUGGCAGUAACAUUGUUAAGAUAGAAACCACUACCUCACCCCCCACCAGAGCCACGGAGAGCAUGGAGGGAAUGUCCCCCAGGAUAGCGGAGUUCGAUGGGGGGGAGACCAACCAACGAAGCCCUAAGCUCACUGAGACUGCUAGUCCGGAACCUCAGCCCCAUGACCGGCCAGUCUUCGACUCCUCUCCCCCAGAAGCCGUCACUCCCCGAGACACCCUCCGCAACUGGCUUGAGGACCCCUGGCUGCGAGCGCCAGCCGGUCUCCUGGUGCCGCUCAGAGCCUCGGCCUUGGCUCGGGCGAGCGCGGUCUGGGACGACCUCAGCGGGGAGAGCUUGGGGCUGAGCGACGUAGUGCUCGUCGGCUAUCAUGCUAACGGCAUCAACUGGAGAUCCCGUCACAACCUCCAGGGCAACGGCGUCAAAAAUGGCUACACGGCCGUGUCUGACGCGCUGGACAAGCUCUUGGUUAAAUACCAGGGCUUGCCAGAAACGAGCGACGGGACAAUGCAAGCCCUUAUAUCAGCCACCAAGCUCGUGCCAUAUGACAGUGCACUGUUUGUAUUGACGGAUAGAGCACCUGGGGAUCGUCAGAGGCUCCCGUUGGCUGUGAGGGCUCUAGUUGAGAAGCGACUAAAGGUGUACACGAUCUGGACGAACCCCUCUCUGCCGGCGUUUGACAUAGAACAACAGAUUCAGGGUCUGAAGAACGUCUCCAAGCAUACCGAGGGAGAAGUGCUGACGUACAUACUGCAGGGCUUGGACAUGGGACCAAGCGAUAUGGACCGAAUGCACCUAGACGUUCAGGCGCAGCCGCGACAGGCCAGAUUCAACGCUAUUGAGGAGGACGAAAAAUUUGAAACUCUACUAGUACGAAGAGGUGGUGGAGGUGCUACCUCUUUGGGUAUACCAGUGGAAUACGGAGUGACUGCUCUGAAGAUAUUCAUCGAGGGAGACGUGGAACAUGCUGUAUUGUACCCUCCCAAUGAUGCUCCCCAAGUGGACCUGUACAACAUGACUUCAGUGCGAGCCUUCUCCGCGGCCUCGAGAACUGAUGAGUUGUCUCCAAGGGAGGUGUUCCUAGUCUUCCCUGGAGCUGACCCUCAGAACGAAGCAUUAAAAGUCCUACCAAUGAAGCCCUCAGACUCUCCCUCAGCGCAAGCGGGCAUGUGGCAUUUGUCCGUUCGCUGCGACACUUGCAACUACCACCUGCGUGUGUUGGCACGGGCACAGCUCCACUUCCACGCCAGCUUGCAGGCUACAGAUAUGCUGAAGAUCAGAAUCAUGGGCCCAGUGGCGAGUGUAAGGGAAUCGGCGUUAGUUGACGAGUACGGUGCAGAAUUGACAAAGCUGCCUUUCAGCUAUCAACCUAUAGCCGGGGAUGGUCAAGACGUUCCCGAGGACAGUCCCGUGACGGAGUUGGAAGAGACCAUACCGCUCCCCAACGUGAAGGCUGAACGGGUCUACGUCAGGAUUCUGGGCAGGGAUAUCAGAGGCGAGCCAUUCGUCCGACUGUCAGGCCCGCUGAACGAGCCUGAGGUGCGCAUGGGCCGCUCCGCCAUCUUGGAAUCUGAAGACCUGGAGCGAGCCGAGGAGGCUAACAUCGCUUUCGCCAGACUACGACUAGGCUAUAAUGACAGCAACGUGCUGCCUUACAACAGAGCUACGUCACAGGUCGUGAACCAGCAGGGCACUAUUCUGACUGCCGUGCAAAUAGGUCUCAGUACGAGACUGUACGGCUCACCAGGGGACAACUUGCAGCUACAUUUCGAGGUGACAAACUACAGGGACCAAUCUGUGAGGUUCUCAUUCGAGGCAAGAGGCGAGCUCAGGUUUUUGACAGGAAUCAGCCCUAACUCCCAAACUGUUCUAAGCGGGCAGACAGUCAAUGUGGUCGUGAGCGUCGGAAUCACCAACACGGCUCAGCCGGGGGCCAGGGAUCUCAUCACAUUCACGGCUAUGGGCACUGACCAAGUCUCCAUCUCCGCGUAUGUCUAUGUGGUCAACACAGUAGACGCCGUUGAUGUCUGGCCUCCAGCACUCAGCCAUACUUUCCAGGGCAUGUGCAUCGGGAAGCAGGGAGACGACUGCGCACAGCACAUCUGGUCUACCACCAUUACAGCCCGGGAUGCUACUUCAGGCAUUCUCCGCCUCACCUCAAUCCCCAUCGGUCUGGUCUACGACAGCAACUUCAUAUCCGGCACCAGAGAAGAGAUCAGAGCCAUCUACCGGGCCACGUGCUGCGCCCCACGACUGUCUAUCACGGCUGUGGACGCCAACGGGAAUGUUAACAGCUAUAUCAUUGAUAUAAGCGGCUAUCUAAACCCGGCAUCAAUAGCAGCCAUCACGCUGGGCAUAUUCCUGGCCAUCGCCAUCAUCCUCCUCAUCAUAUUCCUCAUCUACUGGUGCGUGAGGAGACGGAAGGAGUCAAGGGAACUGCCUUAUUCCACGUCUACCAGAAAUUAAAUGUUUAAGUUC